UUUAUAGUAACUAGGAUCCGGAUACUGAAUAUUCUUCUCUUUCACCUUGUUCCUCUUUUUCCUAAAGUGACUAACCAUUUUUGCACAAAAAAGCUCGAUUAAUACAUCGAAAGGGGGAAAAAUAACCCUAAUUUCGAGCUUCAACGAUUUACCAACAAUGGCGAGACAAGCCAGCAGACUCGUAGCUACCUUGUCUUCCAAGAUUCAGUCCUCUAAAUCUUCAAUUUCUUCGUCGAUUUCAUCAUCUUCACCUAAAACCAGAGAUUUCGGUACCGUCGCUCGUCACCCUCCGCCGGCUGUUUUUGUCGAUAAGCACACUCGCGUCAUCUGUCAAGGUAUCACCGGUAAAAAUGGCACCUUUCACACUGAACAAGCCAUCGAAUAUGGCACCAAAAUGGUUGGUGGUGUGACACCGAAGAAGGGUGGUACAGAGCAUUUAGGGGUACCAGUUUUCAACUCUGUUGCUGAGGCAAAAGAGGCUACUGGGGCCCAAGCUUCAGUAAUCUAUGUGCCUCCACCCUUUGCUGCGAAAGCAAUUAUGGAAGGACUGGAAGCUGAAUUGGACCUAAUUGUCUGCAUCACUGAAGGAAUCCCCCAGCAUGACAUGGUUCGUGUUAAAGCUGCCCUUAACAGCCAAUCAAAAACCAGGCUUAUUGGUCCAAAUUGCCCUGGCAUCAUCAAACCUGGAGAAUGCAAGAUAGGCAUUAUGCCUGGUUAUAUCCACAAACCAGGUCGUAUUGGGAUUGUCUCUCGUUCUGGUACAUUGACAUAUGAAGCGGUAUUCCAAACAAGUGCUGUUGGUCUUGGGCAAUCCACUGUUGUAGGAAUAGGUGGGGACCCUUUCAAUGGGACAAAUUUUGUUGAUUGCCUUGAGAAGUUCAUUGAGGACCCACAGACAGAAGGUAUCAUUCUUAUUGGUGAAAUAGGGGGGACAGCUGAAGAGGAUGCUGCUGCUGUGAUCAAGGAAAGUAAAACUGAGAAGCCUGUGGUUUCUUUCAUUGCUGGGCUAACUGCACCACCUGGCCGACGCAUGGGUCAUGCUGGAGCCAUUGUCUCGGGUGGAAAGGGCACAGCGCAAGAUAAAAUCACGACUCUCAGAGGAGCUGGGGUCACUGUGGUGGAGUCUCCAGCACAGAUGGGUGCAGCAAUGCUCGAUGUGUUCAAACAGAGGGGUCUUUUGAGUUAGUUUAAACUAUAACUGAUCCUCUUUCUUUGGUUUUCUCCUACAAGUACAGUGUGGCAUAAUACCAUACCCCAUGACUGUGAUGUGAAUUGUGGAAGUCUUUUCCUGCAUCACCUGUUGAAGGACGGGGCAACAUUUUGAUUCUAUAUGAAUAUAGUUUAGCCCCUGUUCUUUCCCAUUGAAUUUCAAUGCAGGGGCAAAUCUUCGGAAUCUAAUGUAUUUUCGCAAAGUGAAUUUUUGACAGUCAUCAGGUGAACUUGUUGAUAUAUUUCAUCAUUCCAUGCAUAAUCUAAUCCAAGAAUUUUCCUGUC